UCGCUGGCCGCGCAUGCGCACUGCGCCGGGCCCAUCCCGCGGCACCCGCAGGCCUCGCCAUGACCAAGGAGCGCGGGGGGACCCCCCGGCGGGGGGGGCGCCGCCCCCCGACCCCCCCAGCCCCCCCAGCCCGCUGGUGGAGCGGCGCAAGAAGCCGAUGGUGCACCCCGCGGCCCCCGCCCCCCUGCCCAAGGACUACGCCUUCACCUUUUUCGACCCCAACGACGCGGCGUGCCGGGAGAUCCUGCUGGACCCGCGCACGUCGGUGCCGCAGCUCUUCGCCAUCCUGCGCCAGUGGGUGCCGCAGGUGCAGCACAGCGUGGACGUCAUCGGCAACGAGGUGCGGGACGGGGGAACGGCCACCGUGGACGACAGGGACGGACUGACGCACAUGACCCUGCUGCACUACGCCUGCAAGGCCGGCGCCCACGGAGUGGGUGACCCCGCGGCCGCCGUCCGUCUGUCCCAGCGGCUGCUGGCGCUGGGGGGGGACGCGGGGCCGCUGCGCAGCCGCUGGACGCACAUGAACGCUCACACGGCUCGAUGGCCCGAGCUGAUCCAGCACCCUCUCCGGGCGCGCCCGGAGGGGGACCCCAAAAUGAACCCCAACGACCCCACCGCGAGCCCCCACUACCCCCAAAACCCCCCAGCGCCAGGGGGCCACGCCCCAGGCCCCAAGCAACAGAGACACCCCAAAACCCCAGCACCCUGCUCCGGGCCUGCGGCGCCCCGAGUGCUUCACUCGACCUGCAGCGAUUUCAGCCACGGCACCGCGCUGCACAUCGCGGCCUCCAACCUGUGCCUGGGGGCGGUGCGCUGCCUGCUGGAGCACGGCGCCGACCCCGCCCUCAGGAACAGCAAGGGCCAGGUGGCGGCCGAGGUGGUGCCGGACCCCACGGACAUGGCCCUGGACCGCGCCGAGGCGGCCGAGGCGGCGCGGGAGCUGCGGCGGCUGCUGCUGGACGCGGUGCCGCUGAGCUGCAGUCUGCCGCGCGUCACCCUGCCCAACUACGACAACCUGCCGGGCACCCUGAUGCUGCUGUGCCUGGGGCUGCAGCUGGGGGACAGGGUGCGCCUGGACAGCGGCAAGGUGGGCACGCUGCGGUUCUGCGGCACCACGGCCUUUGCCAGCGGUCAGUGGGCCGGGGUGGAGCUGGACGAGCCCGAGGGGAAGAACGACGGCAGCGUGGGGGGGGUGCGCUACUUCAUCUGCCCCCCCAAAACCGGCGUCUUCGCCUCGGUGUCCAAGAUCUCCAAGGCCGAGGAGCAGCCCCCGCUGCCAUCGCCCCCCCCCCGGACCCCCCCCCCCACAAACCCGGACCCCCACAAACCCCCCCAAAAAAAUACGGGGAGGUACUGGUUCGGGGUGGAGCUGGACUCGGCCGGGGGCAAACACGACGGCUCCGUUUUCGGGGUGCGCUACUUCACCUGCCCCCCCAAACACGGCGUCUUCGCGCCCCCCUCCCGCGUCCAGAGGGUCGGGGGUCCCAAGGAGGAGCCCGGGGAUGGCACCAACGAAAAGAAGGCACAGCCCGUCACAGUGUCACAGCCCAAGCGCUUCCCGGCCGUGCGGACCCCCAAGGACAUCACAUCCGAGAGCUCCUUCUCCAGGUUACUGUUCUGCUGCUGGUUCCCGUGGAUGCUCCGGGCCGAGAUGCAAUCCUAACCCCACCCCCCACCCCGUCCCCCCCCCACCCCGCCGCCCCUCCCCCACCCAGUGCCUUGCUGCCCCUCCCCCACGCGGGGAGACGUCGUGUGACCCCCCCCCAUCCCCCAUCCCCCAUCCCCCCCUUGUCCCCUCCUGUCCCCUUCCCCUCCUCCCGCGCUGUUCCUUCUGGAACUUUCCGCACUGGGGCGGGGGGGGGCUUGGGGUGUGGCCCCUCCCCCCGAUUUUGGGGCCAAAUUUGCUGAGAACAGCGGUGGGGGAGGGGCCAGACACACACCCCCCAGACCCCAAAACCCCAAAUUCGGGCCCAAAUCAGCGAUGGGGGAGGGGUGAGACCCCCAAAAUUCCGAUUUUGGCCCAAAUUUGCUGAUCACAGCGAUGGGGGAGGGGUGAGACCCCAAAUUUGGGGGUGUUCACUGAUAACAGCGAUGGGGGAGGGGUGAGACCCCCAAAAUUCCGAUUUUUGGCCCAAAUUUGCUGAUAACAGCGAUGGGGGAGGAGCCAGACCCCCAAAAUUCCGAUUUUUGGCCCAAAUCUGCCGAUAACAGCGAUGGGGGAUGGGCCAGACCCCCCCCCAAAUUUGAAUUUUGGGGCCAAAUCUGCCAAUUAGAGCAAUGGGGAUAAGCGACCACCCCCCCCCCACCCCAAAUUUUGGGGUGCUCACUCUGGAAUCGAUUAAUUAACUAAUUAAUUAAUUAAGGGGGGGGGGUUUGAGGCCACGUUUGGAGCUCCCAAAUCCCAAUUUUGGGGGCAAUUUUAGGAAUUUCUCGAUUUUUUUUUUUUUGGGGGGGGGAGGGAGGGAGGUGGAGGAAUCGAUGCCACGCCCACUCCCCAAAAAAUAUUUUUUGGGGAAAUCCUCCCCCCCAAUUUUUGGGGCUGUCCCCUCCGGAAUGAAUGAAUUAAUUUAAUUAAUGUCGGGAAUGGAUGGCAAUUCUUUUGGGGCGUUGUCCCAAAAUCUCGAUUUUUUGGGGUUUUUUUUUUGUAUUUUUUGGGGUUGUUUUUUUUUUCCGUUCCCUCUCCCGACCCCACCCCAAAAAAAAGGCCCCGAAG